AUGGCAGCUAGUACAACAACAACAACUAGUUCAUCAGGAGGAAUGGACAAACGGCUCAUAAAAGCAGCCACAUGUGGUGCGUCCACGUCAAUGUAUGCCAUGGCUGCACUGGAUCGAAGCAUUCUUCGUGGAACAACUCCGCUGGGAAACAAAUGCCUUCACAUUUCCUGCAUUUAUGGUCACGGGGUGUUCUGCAAGGACGUGCUGGGACUGGAAGAGUCUCUCAUCAACACUGUAAACUUGGACGGGGAGACACCACUUAUCACCGCGGUGAGAAAUGGCCACAUCUCUUUGGCUUCUUUUUUACUCGGUCGACACUGCUCUGUGCUAGGAUUGAGACAGGCAAUCCUGCAACAAGACAAGUAUGGAUUUAAUGCACUGCACCACGCCAUUCGCAACGGCCACAAGGAUCUUGCACUGGAGCUGAUAGCAGCAGAGCCUGCGCUGUCGCAAGCUGUGGGCAAGCACAACGAGUCACCGAUGUUCUUCACGGUGAUGAGAAAAUUUAAACAGGUUUUUGAGAAACUGAUGCAAAAUCCUUUGUCUGCUUCUUCGGGAGGACGACACGGUCGCAAUUGUCUACAUGCUGCAGUUAAGAAUGGGGAUCAAGAACACGUCAAAAUAAUUAUGAAGAAACGUCCUGAAUUGGCCAGAGAAGCUGACAUAACAAAAAAGACUCCAAUAGCACUUGCUGUAGAAUACAACAGGGUUGACAUUUUACAAGUAAUGCUGGAACAUGACUCAACUUUAGGGUAUUUAAUAGGUAACAACGGGUAUCCUCUCCUUAAUGCUGCGUCAAGCCGAGGUCUGGUUGCUGCUGCUCGAAAGCUUCUGGAACACUGUCCUGAUGCUCCUUAUCUUGACCCAGAUGGUUGGACAUUGCUUCAUUCAGCUGUAUUCUUUGAUCAACCAGAGUUCCUUGAGUUUGUCCUGAGGGCGCCAAUACUUCGCAAGCUUGUUAACGUGCAAGACAACGAGGGACGUACCGCUCUACAUUUUGCAGUCGGAAAAUGCAAUCCUAGAAUGGUUGCUGCUUUAUUGUCUCACGUGGAUAUAGAUGCAACAUUGCUGGACAAAGAAGGUGAUUCAGCAGCCUGGGACCAGUCCAGGCCUAGCGUCAUGCAGACUGCCAAGACUUUAAACUGGAAUGAAGUGGCCAUGCUUAUGUCGAAAGCUAAUCCACAGGAUGCUGCCAAUCUUCAUAAUCUUCAGAUUUUUGCCAAGCGAAAGGCCUCUGAAGAAUCAAGGAAGGAUGCAAAAUCACUAACUCAAACAUACACAAGCAAUACUUCGUUAGUGGCGAUCCUCAUUGCGACAAUCACCUUCGCCGCUGCCUUCACCCUGCCUGGAGGAUACAACAACGAUGAUGGAAGCGAGGGACUUCCAAUCAUGUCUAAGAAGUUUGCUUUUCAGGCAUUCUUGAUCUCUGACGUCUUGGCAAUGUGCUCCUCUUUUGCCGUAGCCUUCAUAUGCAUCAUAGGAAGGUGGGGGGAUUAUGAGUUCUUGGUUUAUUACAGAUCCUUCACUAAGAAGCUCCUGUGGUUUGCAUACAUUGCAACAACCACAGCUUUUUCAACUGGUUUAUACACUGUGUUGGCUCCACGUCUUCACUGGUUGGCUAUUGCAAUUUGCGUCAUGGUAGCUUUGUUGCCCAUUCUCACUAAGCUGCUGGGCGAAUGGCCGGUGUUGAAGCUCAGAUUUCGGCUUGGUAAAACUUUCAACUCAGAUCUCCUUGACAUGGUGUGA